AUGCGAAACAUUGAGGAGACCAGGAAGAGAUGGGACAUUACGUUCUCCGACCAUGAGACACCCUCCGACCUUCGAGCGGCGCUGCAGUCCGAGCGAGGGGACCUGUGCAAUGACGGCCUGAGGUCCGCAUUUCUGAUCUUCGACGGGUUGGACCGAAAUGAGUGGGCGCCUAAGCUCGAGGAAUCCCGAGACGCGUAUCGUGCGCUACGAGACCACUUCUUGAAAUACAUUGAACACCCAGAUGACUUGGAAUCGACUGUUGAUCCGCUGGCGGAUGAUGAGCAGUCACCAUGGCAAACACUACGAAACGACGAGGCACUGCGCGCGGAGAUCUUGCAAGAUGUUGACCGAUGUCUGCAAGAAAACUUCUUCUUCCACGAACCCGACACCAAAUCCAAAUUGACUGAUGUUUUGUUCGUCUAUUCGAAACUUAACCCGGAUGUGGGUUAUCGACAAGGAAUGCACGAAUUACUUGCGCCAAUCCUUUGGGCCGUGGACCGCGACUCUAUCGAUACAAAAUCUGGAGAGAUUGACGCAACCCAGGAACACAGGGAUGGUUUGAUGCUGAAGCUUCUCGAUCCUCAAUUUGUGGAACAUGAUUCAUUCACGCUAUUUCUGUCCGUCAUGCAGACAGCUCGCACAUACUAUGAGCAUGGAGAGACGCGGUCGGUCAAUGGUCAGAUGGAUACGAUCCCAAUAGUUGAACGGUGUCAAUAUUUGCAUAAGGAAGCUUUGACGAUCAUUGAUCAUGAACUAGCGGAGCAUUUGGAGGCAGUCGAGGUUUUGCCGCAAAUUUUCUUGACCCGUUGGAUGCGCUUGCUUUUUGGUCGAGAAUUUCCGUUUGAUGAUGUGCUGAUGAUGUGGGAUCUUUUGUUUGCUCACGGGCUGAGGUCCGAUCUUGUUGACUUUACUUGCAUUGCAAUGUUGCUUCGAAUCCGCUGGCAACUACUCGAGGCAGAUUAUACCACCGCAUUGACGCUGGUACUUCGAUACCCCUCGCCUGAACCUCACGCCCCUCAGACCUUUGUACAAGAUGCGCUCUACUUGGAACAGAAUCCUACAGCAGAUCGGGGUAAUUUCAUCAUAUCGAAAUAUUCGGGUCGACCACCUGAUUCGAAAAUUCGCGCCCAGUCUGGCACUCGGCCAACGAGGAGAGCUUUCCUAUGGGAUGAUUUCAAAAGACGCAGUGAAAGUAAUUCACCCUCUCAUAUUUCCGCUCGCAACACGCCAAAGAGCCUGGAAUCCAUCUUCCAGGAUGUCUCUCAGGGAAUCCAACGCCGUACAGAAUCCUGGGGCGUGGCCAAAGCCGUACGCGGUGCUGUGACCGAAGCCAGGAAAAAUAUGCAAACGAUGCACUAUGAACCAAACAUGCGCUAUGCUCCCAGGCCUGUUUCAGCCGAGAAGGCCCCGGAAGCUCAAUCCAAGGCAUCUACGAGUCUAGCUGUCACAGCAGGGCUGGAAGCAAAGAUCGAUCUUCUGAAUGAAAGAAAUAAAGCUCUGGCCUCUAUCUUGCGUGAGGCGCUUGAUGAUCUUGGCACACAAUUGGCAAAUGUUAAUGGCCUGGGCUCCGAUGCCAACAGUGCCGUGAAAGAUGCACUGGCCAAAGCCGAGGGCGUGCAGGCCUGCCUGCAAGAUCCUUCUAUCGAGACAGGGACAUUUGGAGUUCCGUCAGGCGAAGAGUCCGACAAAGAUACGCUGAGUAGCCCGCCAGACAAUGCCAAGUCACCAACAAGCAAAAAAGGCAUUGAUAUUCCGACAACCAAGUCUUCAUUACAAACUCGCCAUCCCGAUAAUACGGAUUGGACCGAGCCGACUGCCGAUAGUGGAACCUCCAAGCCCGUCGGCAUCGCCCCAGCAGGUCCGAUGAACACUGGCAAAAAGUCCGAGGCCGCGCGGGCAUCUUCGCGAGGAGCUGUGCGACCAUCUCUCACAGACUCGGGAUUUUCAUGGAUGCUUGGUGGCGGUCGGAACCUGUCGGGAUUUGUGAGUUCAUCCCCUCCGCCGGAGCAGACUAGGCAUCUUGAUCAAAACCGAGGAAAGCACAGUGCGUUGUUCGGAUCUGGUGGAGAAGUUCCAGGGACCGAUGCCGAGCCUGGUGAAUUGGCACUACACAGCCUUCGGGGCUCCCGGGACCCUCUGUCAGGGGCUGGCCCAUUGUGA